AUGAAUAUUUCACCUACUCCAAAGAGAUACACAUCAUCAUCUUCCAAAUAUAAUUAUGAUGAGGAUGAUGAUUUUAAUAUGAGGUAUAAUAAUCGUAAUAUAUUCAAUAGACAACCAAGAAAUAAUGGUUAUCAGGACUCAAGAGUCAGAGACCCUAAUGUUCAAGGAGUUACCAUAUUACCUGAAGAAUAUCGAAUGAAUUCAAAGAUGAUAGGAGAGAUUUUGCAAGAAGUAAAAGAUUUAAAGAAUAAAUUAAACGCUAAAGAUGAAGAAUUAAUUAGGUUAACUUCAAUAACGCAGACAUUGAGGAAUAAAGUGACAAAAUAUAAGAAUGAGAACGAACGUCUUCAAAAAGUACUUGAUAGUUACAAUUACAAUAAACAUAAUCAACAAGAGCCUAAAUAUUUCAAUAAUCAAGAAAGUCCAAAUAUUUUGCAUCAUCAAUACGAAAAUAUUGAAAUCCCAAAGAGAAGAUCUCCAUUACAAAAUGAAUAUAGAGAACCGGUAGCUCAAGAGAGCUAUUCAGAGACAUUAAAUAGAAUUUAUGAAUCACUUGAGAAUUUGAAAAAAACUCAACCUGCAUUACCAAGAGAAUCACAACCUCAACCAUCAAAUACUAAUAACUCUUCUUGGAGUUUUCAACCAUCGGAAGAAGAUAUAUUAGUUAAAGAAAGUGUAGAACUUAAAAAUCUAGAGAAAGAAGUUGAGGCUGUUGAGAAAAGACUUUCUAUUAGACAUGAAAACGAAAUAAGAAAAACAUCGUUACAAUUAAAACUAGCUGCUCUUAAUGAUAAGUUAGACAUGUACUCAAAUCCUCAUCAAUCAUUCAGAGAACAUGACACACAAACUCACCACAGUUCUUCUGUUCACGAUAUUUGUAAAGAGUGCAAUAAGAAUCAUAGUAUGCAUAGUUUAUCCACUGAAGAUCUAAAGACUAAACUAAGUUCUGAUCUGUCCGCAAACUCAAUGCUACAGACACCAACCCCCAUCAAACGGUAA